UCCGACUAUAGUACAGUGGUCAGAUGAGUCGGAUUAAUCAAGUGUGGUUACGAGUGAUAUUUUGACAUUAUAACGUAGGUGCUACAAAAAAGGCAGCAAUGAAAGCUUGACUUUUAAUCUAGGGUAAAUCAUUAUAUUUACCCUUGUGAUAUAUUAUUUCGGUGUUUUAUAGGAUUCAAGCACAAUUGAUGAUAACAUUAAAAAGUGCAGGUGAAAUAUGUGCAAAAAAUGCGUGGAAAGUGAAAAAAAUAGUGCAACAAAUGUGUGAAAAGUGGUAAAAUUUCGGGAAAAAAACGUGCCCUUCAUUACACGAUUUUCUUUCUUUUGAGUUUAACAUUUAAAUUCAAUCUAUGAAUCGUUUUCAGAUAUACUAUUUUCAAUUACCAUAUUGUUAUUAUUUUCACACACACUUUCAAACGUAUGCUCUUGUUACUGUGAAAACACGAAGAUAAUUGAGUCGUACAAAAUGGCUGAGAACUUUCGAAAGCACAAUUAAAGCGAUUUCGACUUUAAUUCAGAGAGAAAACUAUCUGAAUAAAAAUAAUUACGGUGAUUCAUUCACUAUAUCUGGUUUCAAAUAAUAUAAAAGUAUGUUGAGACGAUAUUGAGCUCCUUAUUGUAGAGUAGAAGAGUUGCGCGCGCGUGUGUGUGUGUGUGUGUGUAUAUACAGAAGAGUGAAAAGGAGAGUGUGACUGGCUGAAGGGUGAAAGGGAGUGUGUGACAUGUUCAUCCAAACUCAACAGAUUAAUAGCGUAAACAACAACACCAGCAGCAGUAAUAACAAUACUGCUCAUCAUAACAAAAAGCGUAAAUUGGAUUACAACGUCAGUCAUCCAGCGAUCCAGCACGCAUUGGUUCAAUCGACCGGAGACUACCAAGUAGAUAGUUCUACUUUGCAAAGAUAUUCUGCGAAUAGUACUAGUGCUGCAUUUGUUGCACUGCAUAAUAAUGCACUUCAAAAAAGUCCGAAUCAGCAGACUUUGGUGCGAGCAUCUACGAUCAAGCUCUUAGAUACAUACCAUCGCUGUGGCCAAAAAAGAAAAACUUGGUCAAGGGAGGGUAAUGACGUGUUGGCAGUUCAACCUGCUAACUCAACAAAUCAACUGAGUAGUACAGUAGUGUCACAACGUCAAUCUCAACAACAACAACAACAACAACAACAACAACAGCAACAACCAUCCCAUUUCCAAUCACAUCAACAACAAACACAGCCAACGCAGCAACAUAAACAAAAUAUCAUGACGUCUCACAGCAAACAAGUUGGUGCUAGUGGUAAUGGAACUAGUAAUCCGCAAAGUGAUGGAGACUAUCAAUUAGUUCAGCAUGAAGUCUUGUAUUCUACAACUCAUCAGUACGAAGUCCUUGAAUUUCUUGGACGGGGUACCUUCGGACAAGUCGUAAAAUGCUGGAAAAAAGGAACCAACGAAAUUGUUGCUAUCAAAAUACUUAAAAACCAUCCUUCAUAUGCUCGCCAGGGACAAAUUGAGGUUUCAAUUCUGUCACGAUUGAGUCAGGAAAAUGCAGAUGAAUUUAAUUUUGUACGUGCUUAUGAAUGUUUUCAACAUAAAUCUCAUACCUGUCUGGUAUUUGAGAUGUUGGAACAAAAUCUUUACGAUUUUCUUAAGCAAAACAAAUUUUCGCCUUUACCACUCAAGUACAUAAGACCUAUUCUACAACAAGUUCUUACUGCACUGCUCAAACUUAAGCAAUUAGGACUAAUUCAUGCGGAUUUAAAACCAGAGAAUAUUAUGCUAGUAGAUCCAGUACGCCAACCUUAUCGUGUGAAAGUAAUUGAUUUCGGGUCUGCUUCUCACGUUUCAAAAGCUGUAUGCAAUACUUAUCUGCAGUCACGAUAUUAUCGCGCUCCAGAAAUCAUUCUUGGACUUCCUUUUUGCGAAGCGAUAGAUAUGUGGUCCCUUGGCUGUGUUGUUGCUGAGUUGUUUCUUGGUUGGCCUCUUUAUCCUGGAAGCUCGGAAUAUGAUCAAAUUCGAUACAUUAGCCAAACUCAGGGUUUACCUACAGAACACAUGCUUAAUAAUGCGAGUAAAACCACUAAAUUUUUCUACAGAGAUAUGGAUAGCACGUACCCAUUUUGGCGUCUCAAGACCCCAGAAGAACAUGAAGCUGAGACAGGUAUUAAAUCAAAAGAGGCGAGAAAAUAUAUUUUCAACUGUUUAGACGACAUUGGCCAGGUUAACGUACCGACAGACUUGGAAGGUGGUCAGUUGCUUGCGGAAAAGGCUGAUAGACGAGAAUUUAUUGAUCUUUUAAAAAGGAUGUUAACUAUGGACCAGGUAGAACGACGUAUAACACCUGGUGAGGCGUUGAAUCAUGCAUUUGUCACUUUAGCACACCUCGUAGAUUACGCUCACUGUAAUAACGUGAAAGCAUCCGUGCAAAUGAUGGAAGUCUGCAGAAGAGCGGGUGAUUUUACAACAAGCCCAACUCAUCAUCAAGCGCCAUCUGCACCUCAGCCACCACCUACUUCUCUUGUUGCGAAUUUCGUUCCAACUACAAAUGGUAGCGCAGUUACUCUCACAUUCAAUAAUCAGCUUACAAAUCAAGUACAGCGAUUAGUUCGGGAGCAUAGAGGCGCCCAAACUGGAUAUGAUAAUUUAUAUCAAAUAUACAGUAACAAUAGUCGCAGGGCAACCCAGUAUAGUGGAUCAUCUAAUGGAUCUAAUAAUGGACGAAGUGGAGUUCACGAUUUCCCACAUCAACUUGUACCUGGAAUUUUGUGCCCACCUCCCGGAUACCAGACCAUGUCAAGUCCAGCAAAGCAUGUUGUUGUAACUCAGCCACCUCAAACACAACAAGCACCAUUGCAAAUCCAACCAUCGAUUAUUUCCCAACAAGCAGUCGCUGCAGCUACUGCAGCAGCUCAGCAACAAUAUGCUGCAGUUCCUGUUUCUAUGGUAGAAACUGGACGACAAAUGCUGCUAACUAAUGCAGUGCAAACAUCUUGGCCUACCGGAAGCCGACAAAUGACAGCUAUUGUUCCAUCAUGGCAACAAUUACCACCUCAGCAUGCAACAAUUCAACAGCCAAUUCUUAGUGAUACUAGUGACUGGGGAAGACCUCUGAUAGUAGAUAGUUCUGCGAUACUGCAGGAUCAGCGGCCCGUAUUUCCUGUGACCGAAGUUUAUAAUACAAGCACUUUAGUGGAACAUCCAUCACAAACUUGGAAUAAACGUAGUGUAGCUAAACAUCAUCAGCAUCAUCUUACUGUACCUCAACAAUCUCAACACAGACAUGAACACAAAAAAGAAAUUCAACAGCUCAGUCCAGUAAAAAAAAGAGUUAAGGAAAGUACACCACCUAGUAGCUCAAGAAGAUAUUCACCAUCAACUGGGCAGUGGCAACAACAAUCAACACAAUCACAUCAUCACAGUGGAAAACAUCUUAGUACUCACACCAAUGAACAAUCGCAAACUGCAGCUGUUAAACAGCAGACUAUCACAAUUCAUGACACACCAUCACCUGCCGUUUCAGUUAUUACUAUCAGUGACAGUGAAGACGAAACAACUGGAAAGUGUACUCAAUCGACUUCGCGCAUUGUACAAAAUUCUCAACCAAUGCAUUCAACCGCUAUUCAAUCUCAUAGUAACUCCCAUAAUCCAACCAGAGCUCAGCGUAAGAAUGUCAUUAGUUGCGUAACUGUAGGUGAUAGUGAUGGCGAAGGAAGUCCUGGCAGAGCACAUGCUUACUUGCAUCAACAAGCUCAUUUACCACAACUUCCACAAGUUCAACAAGCAACACAGCACAUCAAACACGAACCACAGUUGCAACAUCACGUUAGUUCUGGUUAUUCUCAACAAUCUCAAAAAAAACGAUUAUUAGCGAAAGUUCAAUCUGAGUGUAACAUGAUGAAUGUUGCGACAAAACCUGAGCCAGGUGUUGAGUAUCUAGCUCCUCAUCCAUGUCACGCGCCAUCAUGUAAAGAACCGCCAACUUAUCAGGACGAUGCCUAUGAUAUGCAUAACUACUUAUUGCAGUACGUAACCACCAGCAGUGCACACCCACAUCUGCAAGAACAGCAUAUAGUUUAUGCAACUGGUGCUGAUAAACGCGUUUCUUGGCCGGGCAAAAGAACAGAGUACAAACACGAGUAUGUGCAGCCUCCAGCCGCGCAUUCGAGAGAUCACCAAAAGUGGACGGUGGCAAAUCCCAUUCAUCAAUAUAGGCAGAACCAGGUCGUAACCUCUGCGACACAUCCAAAUCAUAACCACGGCCACCAUGGACAUUCGGCUCAUUUAAGUCCAGGUGGUAGUGGCAGUGGUCGAAGUCCCGCUGCUGUCCCGGUAGUUGGUGGUACCCAACAUUUAGGACAACCUCUCUAUCAAGAAUAUGCGCAUGUUCGUUCGCGUGUGCCACCACCUGUCUAUGUUACGGCAGCACCAUCACAGAAUCCUUCUGCAAUCCAACAACAGCCAAUGCCUACCUACCAGGGAUUCACACCCGGGUGGGUACCUAGACACCUAGUUGAUACAUGCAUCUCAUCUCCUUUGACAUUGUAUGAGUCUAGCCGCACUUUACCACCACCAGCGCACCAUAGCUCAACACGUCCAUUGCUGACUAGCCAUGCAACUCAUCCAUUGCCUGCUCACAUGCAGCCGACUGCCGUAUAUGGUUUAGCUCCUCUCUCUCCUUCUAAGCAUCAGUAUCAGCCAUCCAGUCUGUGGUUCACCGAGUGAUUGGUAUUCUAGUAUAUCAAAGAAAAACGUAUUCUGGAUGAGUAAAAACGUAACUGAAUACACUAAACAGAAUUAUGAUUGAAUAUCUACAUACAAAUUGCGUAGAGUGAAGAAAAAGUAGUGAAUAGAUAUUUUAACAAAAUAAAAUUGUAUUUAUUUUUAA